AUGGAGACGGCCUCCUUCCUGUCAAUGGCGCUGGCCCUGGCGGCCCUCGUCCCCGUCUCGCUGCUCCUCCUGAACCGGCUCCUCUACGGCAAGCUGCCCCCGGGGCCGCGGCGCCGGCCCGUGGUGGGCAACCUGUUCGACGUGCAGCCCGUGCGGUGCCGGUGCUACCAGGAGUGGGCGCGCCGGUACGGGCCCAUCAUGACGGUGUGGCUCGGCACGUCGCCCACGGUGGUGGUGUCCACGUCGGAGCUGGCCAAGGAGGUGCUCAAGACCCACGACCAGCAGCUCGCCGACCGCUGCCGGGACCGCUCCACGGAGAGCUUCAGCCGCGGCGGCAAGGACCUCAUCUGGGCCGACUACGGCCCGCACUACAUCAAGGUGCGCAAGCUCUGCAACCUCGAGCUCUUCACGCAGCGCCGCCUCGAGGCGCUCAGGCCCAUCCGGGAGGACGAGGUCACCGCCAUGGUCGAGUCCGUCUACAAGGCCGUCACCACGCCUGGCAAUGAAGGGAAGCCGUUGGUGGUAAAGAACCACCUCUCGAUGGUGGCCUUCAACAACAUCACGCGGCUGGCGUUCGGGAAGCGGUUCGUGAACGCGGCCGGCGAGCUGGACGAGCAAGGGCGCGAGUUCAAGGGGAUCGUUCACAACGGCAUCAAGAUCGGCGCGUCCCUCUCCAUCGCGCAGCACAUCCCGUGGCUGCGGUGGCUGGCCCCGGUCGACGAGCAGGUCUUCAAAGCCCACGGCGAACGGCGCGACCGCCUCACCGUGAAGAUCAUGGAGGAGCACGCCAAGGCUCUCAAGCAGCGUGGCGCCCAGCAGCAUUUCGUCGAUGCGCUCUUCACUCUCAGGGACAAGUACGACCUCAGCGACGACACCGUCAUAGGCCUCCUCUGGGACAUGAUCACUGCCGGCACGGACACGACGGUGAUCUCGGUGGAGUGGGCAAUGGCGGAGCUGCUGAGGAACCCCAGAGUGCAGGAGAAGCUGCAGGAGGAGCUGGACCACGUCGUCGGCCGCGAUCGGGUCCUGUCAGAGACGGACUUCCCGAACCUACCUUACCUGCAGGCCGUCGUCAAGGAGUCCCUCCGCCUGCACCCGCCGACGCCGCUGAUGCUGCCCCACAGGGCCAGCGCCAGCGUCAAGAUCGCCGGCUACGACAUCCCCAAGGGCGCCAACGUCGUCGUCAACGUGUGGGCGGUGGCACGCGACCCCGCGGUGUGGGACAGCCCGCUCGAGUUCCGGCCGGAGCGGUUCCUGCAGGAGAACAUCGACAUCAAGGGCGCCGACUUCCGCGUGCUGCCGUUCGGCGCCGGCCGGCGGGUGUGCCCCGGCGCGCAGCUCGGGAUCAACCUCGUGGCGACCAUGAUCGGCCACAUGCUGCACCACUUCAGGUGGACGCUGCCGGAGGGGACCCGGCCCGAGGACGUGAGCAUGAUGGAGUCCCCCGGGCUCGUCACCUUCAUGGCCACACCGCUGCAGGCCGUCGCCACGCCGCGCCUGGACAAGGAGGAGCUGUACAGGCGUGUCCCUUCGGAGAUCUGA